AUGCCCAUCAAGGCUCCUACAAAACCAGUAUCCAUUGCCUUGUCACCCACAACUUCGUCACCAAUGACGGCAGCAACUCCAUCUCUCAACUCGGCCACCAUUAACGGCCACAAGACCCAAGGACAGCAACACAUCUGGCUGGUUACGGGCCCUGCUGGCUGUGGAAAGACGACUGUCGCAGAGUAUUUAGCCAAAUCAUUGGGUAUGCCCUACGUCGAGGGCGAUGCUUUCCACCCUCCCGCCAAUAUUGAAAAGAUGGCAAAUGGAAUCCCUCUCACUGACGAGGAUCGAUGGGACUGGCUCACUGCCCUGCGAGAAGAGUCUAUCAACCGCUUAAACGCUGGGUCAUGUGGUGUCGUCCUCACCUGCUCAGCACUCAAGCGCAAGUACCGCGACGUCAUCCGUGUUGCUGGAUACUACGAUCGCCGCAUCCAAAUCCACUUUGUCUUUCUCGACGCUCCCGAAGAGCUUCUUCUCGCUCGUGUCACUCAACGACAAAACCACUACAUGGGCGCCAACAUGGUACACAGCCAAUUCGAUAUUCUGGAGCGCCCCUUGGCCGACGAAAAGGAUGUUAUCACCAUCGACGUCAGCCGACCUAUUGAGGAAGUCGAGCAAGAAGCCUUGAGCAAUGUCUUGGAAACCAUGGCCAAGUCUCAAGACAAGCUAUGA